AAACAUGUUGGCCACGGAAAUGGAUUUGGAUAGUGCUGUGCAGCAAGUCCUUAAAAAUGCUGCGAAGUGCCGUGGAAUAUGUCGUGGAUUAAAUGAGUGCACGAAAUUGAUUGAACAACGAGGUGUUGUUCUUUGUUUCCUGGCAGAAAAUUGCAAUGAAAAAGCUUACACAACUCUGAUUGAAGCACUAUGCCAUGAACAUGGCAUCCCUCUUGUGAAG